AUGAGGGGCGGGCUGCCUUGCUGCGGCUGCUGCUGCCAGGUCGUGUGGCUACAGUUGCUUCUGGCACUGCUGGCCUUACAGGGGGAUGCCCAAGUGAUUGCGGGUGUGCGGCCGCCGGGAAUGAGGCUGAAGAAGCACCAGGCAAUUCCAGGCAGAGGGAAGCAGCACCAGGCCCGAGAAAGUGCUGGUACAGACAGUCAAUCGCACAGGCGUUCACACAGACACACACGCACACACACCGCAUCUUUGUGUCUGUCUGUCUGUUGCCUUUAUUGCAGUGGCUGUCGCGCCUGGGCCGCCUCCAGGCUAUCUUAGUGAACCCACACCGGAGUACACAGAUGAGUUCCAGGGCAGCGGGCUCGAUCUGGGCAAAUGGCACCAACGCCGUGAGUGCAAGUUCACGUCAUUGAGCUGUCAAAGGCCACAGCAGGUGAGGGAUGGCGGGUGGUGGAUGGACAAAUGGUUGCAAGGCAGGCAGGCGGCAUGGAUGGAUGGAAUUGGUGGUGUCGCGUGUGUCCACCAGGUGAGUGUGUCUGACGGCCUGAUGCGCAUCAAGCUCGAGAGCGUGGACCAGAACAUCACCGUGCAAAUCCCAGAGUCACAAGGCUGUCCCGAAAACGACACCAUGGACGGCUGUACGAGGGACUUCAAAUACUUCGGGGGUAAGUAAGUGUCCGGCAGUGCAGUGUCCGGCAGUGCAGUGUCCGGCGAACCCUGCGUGCAUCUGUGUGCGUCGCCGCGUGUGUGUAGGUGGCAUCAUCAGCAACUUCAACGUGUCCUUUGGCUACGCUGAGGGCCGCAUCAGGUCCUGGAAGGAUGGAGGGUGGUGGCAGGCCUUCUGGUCGGCCACGGCUGACACUCAGGUGGCCGGUGCCUGUGAGAUCUGCAACAUUGAGGGCUUCCCCAGGCAGGAGCUGGAUGUCGUCGAAAUCAACUCAGGUACGUCCAACGACAGACACAUAGCCCCCGACCAUCCAUCCAUUCAAGCAUCCUUCCCUUGUGUGUUUCGUGCAGGCAUCAGCACAGCCCAGUGGAACUUGAUAAAGUGGUCACCGGACCCUCGCACGUACUACAGCGGCCGAUUUGCCGACCUGCCGGGCAUCGUCAACAAGUGGACGGUGUGGGGAGUUGAAUACACGCCAAACUACGUACGUACGCGUCGACGUGCAGAGAAGGCCACCUGAGUUGACACAGAGGGCUCUCCUUCCUGUUUGCAGAACCGCAUAUGGAAGGAUGGCGUGUUCCUCGGCACUCUCGACAACCGGUAUAUGACCGUUCAGGAGCUGACUGAGUGGCACUGGUGGAUCACCGCCAUCAUCACCUCAUCGAGCCUCGCAAACAUGGACGAGACCAACCUGCCAGGCGUAUUUGAAGCGGACUACUUUAGGUGGUACGACCCCGACCCCGGCAAAAAGCUCGUCUUUCCGCCUUUGACGAACACGGACGCCUUCCCGCGUGUCACCCUCCCUCCCUGCCCCACCGUCACGCACACCCUUCCCCCAUCCGUCCGGGCCUUCACUGUCGCUUUGUGGGUCAAACACGAUCCAUCCCUUGUGGAGGAUCUCUUGACUGGUGGUGAGGAGGGGGUGCCGUAUGUGACUUAUUCCGUUCCUGGGGUGGACGGCAGUGCGGAGGAGCUGUCCGUCAAGUCAGUUCCGGGCGGCAAGCUGAGAAUAACUGUUGCUGGGGAAACGGUGGAUGUUGACGACUUCUGGCUGAGUGAGUGGGUGCAUGUGCAGUGCACAUCAGCUAGCUACGCACCGACAACGAAUGCAUCUCUUCAUCGAUCUUGUGUGGGCGUGGGUGUCUGUCUUCUUUGUGGUGUGCACUGCAGGUGAUGACAUCGAUAUCGUUGGGUGGACUCAUGUUGGUGUGAUAUACGACGGAUACGAUCUGAUCGUCUUCCGCAACGCAGAGGUGGUGUUCACCGAGGCGCUAUGGGUGAGACACACGGAACAAAGCGCUGCGCCCACCAGUGCAGGAAGGCACAUCUGUGUGUCUUGUGGUGUGCAGGAGGACGACCCGUUCAAGUCCCGCAAUGGGCUCAAUCGUAAUGGCAUCCUGACAGCGGGGCACAUCUAUACCCUCUCAACCAAGACCGGCGAGCUGUUGCCAGCCAGCUCGUUUGUAGGGGAGCUCGCCCAUGUGAAGCUAUUCACGUCAGCACUCUCCAAGAGAGACUUCUCUUCACUGUGAGCCCCCCUCCCCUACCGACCCAACCAACCAACCACCAGCCUCCACCCACAUCCCUCUGCUGCGCACUGCACUGCACUGCACCGGUCUCUCUGUCUGUCUGUCGUCCAGGUACUUUUGCCUGAACGUGUAUGGCGACUGGUUCGACUCACAGCUGGGCUACGAGACGGAUGGGGGCGCUACAGCGACCUCGCCUGACGACCUCACGUGUCCCGACCGAAUGGACGGCCCCUUCUAUCCCGCCGAUGACGACGGGGUGGCAGACGAGGAGCGCGAGGCCCACCCCUUCAGCGGCUUUUUCGCGUCGGGGUACCAGCCCUUCUUCAACGGUAGCGCUAUACUGUACCCUGCUUCGAAGGCAACUGAUAACAUGACUGAGACGUACGUAUACAACACGCAGCAUGGAUGGGUAGAUCCGCACGGCUGGAUGGGCUGGUAGGUAUCUGACUGCUUGGCUAAAAUUGUGUUCGUGAAUGAUGGAAUUGUGUUGUUGGUCAUUUUGUCAGACGGUGUGUGUGCGUGUUGCGUGUGGGUGUGGGUGUAGUGGAGGUAUGUAUGUGUGCGUGA